AUGGAGAUUGAGGAACUUACCGAGUUUACCUGGUUUAUUGAGGAAUCAACUGCUGAAAAGGUGACCAACUACGUAAGUGGCAUUGACCUUUCAUGUGGUAUCUCAUGGGCAUCUGCCGAAAAAGUAUUCUUUCCAUUUCGACUUAAUCCAAAUGUUGGUCAGUCAUCUAUUCACUACUUUCUUGGAAUUCUGUACUUUCAAACCAAAACUAUAUAUGUGUACGAUUCCUUGAGCAAUUCACCAUAUGAGCGUGCGUUGGAACAUGUCCAAAAUUAUGCCUGGUUGAUCACACACUUGCUCGAAUGCUUGAAUUUUGGCACACACAAUAAAACUUAUCAAGAAAAUCCUGUGAAAAGUUUUAUGAUUAAGUGGAUGAACACACCCCUACAGGAGAACAACGUUGAUUGUGGUAUACUUGCUCUUAAGUUCCUUGAGAUGCGGUUGAAGCAAGAUGAUGUUUUCAAAUUCAAACAAAGUGAUGCGUUGACAUUCAGGAGAGAAUUGGCUGCGAAUCUUUGGGCUCAUGGAAAGUGGAAAGAAGAUAGCGGUUAUGAAACUCCAGAGGAGCAACUAGGACAUGACUAUGAAGAAUAUGAAGACACUCUAUGUGAAUUUUCUCAAUAG